AUGACCGGAUCCGAGAACGCCGCAACGUUUCCGGACUUGUACGAGGCGUCGAUCUCGGAGCUCCAGAAUGGCCUCGGCCAGGGACUCUUUACGAGCGUGGACCUUGUCAAGGCGUAUCUCGCGCGGAUCGAGGAGGUGAACCUCAAAGGUGCUACGCUGCGUGCUGUAAUCGAGACGAACCCGCCUGUGCUCGAGCAGGCUAAGGCGCUCGAUGAGGAGCGGAGGGUCAAAGGCCCGCGUGGGCCAUUGCAUGGCAUACCAAUGCUGCUGAAGGAUAACAUCGCUACUCUGCACGAGGAAGGCAUGAACACCACCGCUGGCUCGCAUGCCCUCGUCGGCUCCGUCGUCCCGCGCGACGCACACGCCGCACACCUCCUACGCGCUGCCGGCGCGCUCUUCCUCGGUAAGUCGAACCUCUCCGAGUGGGCCAACUUCCGCGGGAUCGUGCCGUCUGGGUUCUCGGGACGCGGCGGGCAGGCGCACUGCCCGUACGACCCCUCGGGCAAGGGCGACCCGAGUGGCUCGAGCUCGGGCAGCGCGACGGCCGUCGCGGUCGGCCUGUGCGCAGGCGCGCUGGGCACGGAGACGGAUGGGUCGAUCGUGAGUCCGAGUAGCAGGAAUAAUGUGGUGGGCGUGAAGCCGACUGUGGGGCUUGUUUCGCGUGCUGGAGUGAUUCCCAUAUCUUCGAACCAAGACACUGCGGGACCUAUGUGUCGGACUGUUAUGGAUGCGUCCCUCAUCCUGUCAGCUAUAGCAGGUCGCGACACUCGGGAUGCAGCGACGCUUGAACAGCCCGAAAACAUUCCAGACUAUUCUGCUGCUCUGCGUCCUGACGCGCUCAAGGGAGCACGGUUGGGUGUUCCACGAAAGUUAUUCGAUCCGAAACGCAAGCCGAUGUACGAAGAGUUUGAGAGGGCUCUGGAUUUGUUCCGCCAGCUGGGCGCAGAGGUAGUGGACAACGCAGAUCUACCGUCUACCGACGAGAUGAGGGUAUCAAAGGCAGAGAAUUAUGUUAUGACAUGCGACCUCAAGGCGGAUGUCAACAAAUACCUCGCUGAGCUCGAGGAGGUUCCGACGGAUGUUCAUACACUCGCCGACCUGAUCGAGUGGAACAAAGCACACGCAGACAUCGAGCUUAUUUCACCUCACUACGAUGAUCAGUCUCAAUUCGUCACGUCGGAGGCCAGCACCAUCGACGAAGCAUACCAUGAGGCACUUAAGAAAGAUCUUGAGCUUGGUCGGAAUCAAGGCAUCGACGCUGCGCUUGAGAAAUACAACCUUGAUGCACUCAUACUCCCUAAAGAUGCAAACGCGUCGAAGCCAGCUGCCAUAGCAGGAUACCCCGUUAUCUCCGUACCCUUGGGUUUUAUGCCAAACGAUACCCCAUAUGCCCCAGAGGAACCCAAGCCUCUGUACCAGGACGGACCAGGAUACCCGUAUGGAAUCGCGUUUCUAGGAACGGCGUGGAGCGAGUCAAAGCUUCUGGGGUACGCGUACGCGUUCGAACAAGCGACCAUGGUUCGCUUGAAGAGACGUGCAUACCCAGAGGCAGUUCCGCAGACUCAGCUGGCAGAUGUUGUAGAGUGUACUUGAAAGCCUUCGUGCUUUAAAGUUCGGUGAUUACGGUGACAUGGACCAUGCAUAUGCUUUACCCAAUGUUUUAUCUCAACUGCGUCAAGCAUCCAAAUGCUCGAGGAAUCUAGAUUCUCCAC